GACGUUUUUAAAUUGUCAUUCUAAACGUCAAACUAUCGAAACGAGAUCGGUGUUUGUUUGUUUUGCAAUUUGCAUCGUUUGAAAAAAUAUAGAAAAUGGGUGAGAGAUACAAUAUUCACAGUCAACUUGAGCAUCUUCAGAGCAAAUAUAUCGGUACGGGACACGCAGAUACCACGAAAUAUGAGUGGUUAACCAAUCAACAUCGUGAUUCGUGCUGCAGUUACAUGGGGCAUCCUGACCUGCUAAGCUACUUCGCUAUUGUUGAAAAUGAGUCAAAAGCUAGAGUAAAGUUUAACCUUAUGGAAAGAAUGCUACAACCUUGCGGUCCUCCACCAGAAAAGCCUGAAGAUUAAGCUUAAUUUGUGUUUUUUUAAGUUCAUUGAUCGUUUCUAAGCAGUGUUGUGUGGUGAAACAUACCUGAUCUGAUAUGAAGUGACGUGUAACUCUUAUUAUUUCUAAGUAAAGUGAUUAAUGUUUUAUUGAAGGUUUAGUUUUACUGCAAACAUUGUCAAGUUUAGUAAUGAUAUUGUGUCAAUAAAUACUAAACCCAAGCAAAUCUAAGAACUGAA